AUGCCGGGAUACGCCAAAUUCAUGAAAGAACUGGUUACAAAGAAAAGGAGCUUGGAAUAUGAAAUGAUAGAGGUGCCCCAUAGUUGCAGUGCAAUUAUGACAAAUGAUUCAAUCACUAAGAGAGAAUAUCCUAGAGCAUUCAUAAUCCCGUGCACAAUUGGCAUGUUCCAAUUUUCUAUAGCCUUGUGCGACUUACGGGCAAGUAUCAACUUGAUGCCCUAUGCAAUAUACAAGAAACUUGGUUUGGGUGAACCAAAGGCAACCACAAUGAGACUCAUCAUGGCUGAUAGAUCAAUCAAGCACCCAGUCGGAAUACUCUAUGACAUAUUAGUAAAAGUGGAUCGGUUUAUCUUUUCGGUUGAUUUUGUUAUUCUAGACUGUGAGAUCGAUGCUGAAAUUCCCAUUAUUUUGGGAAGGCCUUUCUUAGCUAUAGGGAAAGCGCUAGUGGAUGUUGAAUGCGGGAAAUUGAAGUUCUGUGUGAAUGUUGAUGAGGUGACCUUCAAUAUCUUUAAGUCCAUGAAGCAACCAAGUAACAUCCAUGUGGUGUCCACUGAGGAUGUGAUAGAUAAGGCAGUGGCAAGUGGUUACGAGGAAGCGGUAGCUGCUUUAUCAGGAUUAGGAGCAUAUUCAAGGAAUCCAAUCAAAUUGGAUAUCGAUCUGAAAAACAAAGAAAUUCCCCCUGUUAAACCAUCAACUGAAGAACCACCAAAUUUGAAGUUCAAAAUCCUACCCUCUCAUGUCAAAUAUGCCUUCUUAGAAACCAAUAAUACUCUACCGAUAAUUAUUGCCGCCAAUCUGCUUUAA